AUGGCGAUCGACAGUGACGACACGGGAAAGGCCAAGCGAAUCCGUGUCUCGAAAGAUGAGAGCAGCAAACUGCAGGGCGAUGUCGUCAGCAUCGUGGUCGGACCAAAGAAAGAGCUUUAUCGCGUGCAUCCGGGCUUAGCUCGGACUUCUUCUCCAUUCAUCGACAAAGCCUUGACGGGCACUUGGAAAGAACAGGCCAACCACACGAUCCAGUUGCCAAACGAAGAGCCAGAGAUCUUUGGCACCUAUGUACAAUGGCUCUACUUUGGCACACUCCCGGUGAUUGGCGGCGGCGCAGAACCAGAGUUCCUACAACUGGUCAAAGCAUAUGUCUUGGGGAAUAAGUUGCUCGACACCGGUUUUCAGAAUGCUCUGAUUGACGCCAUCAUCGAGAGAAGACGCGCAAAGAAUGCGGAUGGCAGAUGUAGCGCACCCACUAUGGCAACGAUCAAUCACGCAUACCUGAAUACGACUCCUUCGGCACCAAUUCGUCAACUGCUGGUGGAUAUCAGCGCAAAUCGCACAACCUCCCCAAAGUGGCUCAAACAUCCUGAAACCGACCUGCCUCAAGCUUUUCUGUUGGAUCUGGUGGCCAAGCUAUUGGAUCGCCGGGCAGUCAAGCAGUUGCCUCUCCAGGCGUCCGAUUAUCACGUGAACGAAACUGAUGCCUGA